AUGGACAACUUUCUAGGCGACGAAUUGUGGUCCUUCCCCGCAGGAGGCGUUGACGAACUCGGUCUUACCAUGCAGCGUAGCGAGUCGGAGUUGAUUUACAGCGAUGCGUUUCCUGAGAACUUGGCGCCUUUUGCUGCUUUUGACAAUUUUACGUCAAGCGCUUUCUUGAGAAUACCCCGAGACUCUGCGGUUGGAGUUGAGCAGGCAUCCUUUGCGGUUGGAGUUGAGCUGGCAUCCUUUGCAGUUGGAGGAUCACAGGGAUUACCCCAAGACUCUGCGGUUGAAGUUGAGCCGGCAUCCUUUGCGGUUGGAGGAUCUGAGGGAUUACCCCAAGACUCUGCAGUUGGAGUUGAGCAGGCAUCCUUUGCGGUUGGAGCAACACAGGGAUUAUCCCAAGACUCUGCAGUUGGAGUUGAGCAGGCAUUCUUUGCGGUUGGAGCAACACAGGGAUUACCCCAACACUCCGCGGUUGGAAUUGAGCAGGCAUCCUUUGCGGUUGGAGCAUCACAGGGAUUACCCCAAGACUCUGCGGUUGGAGUUGAGCUGGCAUCCUUUGUGGUUGGGUCAUCACAGGCAUCCUUGGUAAUACUCCAAGACCCUGCGGUUGGAUCGCAGGCAGCCGGCGCUGUUGAUUAUGCAGCUGUGGAAUUUGCUUGUGAAGGAGAAAACGGAGCAAUGGAGAAGAUGGAUUCUGAAGAAGGAAAACGUAAAAGGAGGAAGCAAUCGAAUCGAGAGUCCGCUAGGCGCUCCAGAAUAAAAUGGACGGAUCAAUUCAGCCAACUCGCCUCUCAGGCUGAUCAACUAAGGCUAGAUAACGCAGUCAUAGCAGGGCUAGUCGCUGCCAUAAUCCAAAAGUACGACAAAUCAGCCGUGGAAAACACAGUUUUGAAAGCCAAUGUUAGAGCAUUGAAAGCCGAGUUGAAAUUGGCUGAAGCCGAGCUCAUCAGAGUCACCGGUUUGAUCCCAGUGUUUGAUCCAUUACCCGGAAUAUCGGCAAUGAAUGUGCCAUCGAUCGAUGCAAGUCCCUCCGGCACGUCCAUGGAUGCUGCUGUUCCCAUGAAAGACGACGGCCCGGAUCAUCCCUUUUAUUAG